AUGUCGCACAUCACAGAGCACCCGUCGCGGGCAAAGCGGAGAAAGCUUGAUGACCCGCAGCCAGAGAAUCCCACGCCAAUCACAUCAAACAUCAAGAACCCGUCCCAGCUACGUGAGCUGCUAGCUGUACAGCAAAAUGCUCCGCUGGCAAAGCAAGGCAUCAACAAAUUCAAAGAAUUUCUCCUCUCAAUCCCACAUGCAGAGAACGAAGCCGCCAGGACGGAGAAACUGCGUGUCCUGAAAAAUUACUGCGACAAGCAAAUCUCCAACUCCGGCAAAGAGGACGAGACCUCGGUGUGCUUCCCGGAUUUGAUCGCCUCGUGGGCCUUUGGAGAUGGAAACAACAACGAACCCCUUUUGACCGGUGUACCGUCCAUACUCGCGCUCUUCUUCAAAACAAUCUCCUCCGAGCUGGAAUUCCGAGAAUUUGGUAUCGCGCUGUGCAAGCACUUGUUGCAGAAGGAUCAGUUGCGACUCUUCAAUCGCGGUCUUACUGCAACUAAGUCAAAAGAGCAUUUGAUCUCACCAUGCUUGCGCUUGCUCACGGAAAUGGUGACCUUCGACGGAGGAGCCGUCGCGCGACAGUUAUAUCUCAGACGUUACAUUACCUUCAAGCGAUUGGAAGUCUUCCUGACCCCGAACAAAGCGCAAGAAGACUCCGAGGGCGAGCGCAGCAAGUCAACUCUCAGACUCAACGCCCAGCGAUACCUGCUUGCGAAUUUGAGAGUGCAGCAUGCAUCUGAAAAGGGCGAUAUCAUUGAGCAGCAUAAGAUCACCAGAUCUUUCCUUGAAUAUAUCCGGAAAGAUUCUCGGGAGAGCGUUCUUGAAAUCAUCAAGGCCAUUGAGAGGGAUGUGGUGCAAGAUGCCAAUCUCUCUCGCAAGUCAAAGAGCAAGUUCUUCAAUCGGCAUAAUCUGGAGCGCCUAGUGACACUUUAUGGCUAUGACCGAGAGUCUGAUGAACCCAACCCUGACGGGGUCAUUGUUGCCAAUGAAAUCCAUCGGGUCGUGCUGAAUGUCUGCAAGACUGCUGGACUCGGUGUUCUGUUACCGGAGACUGGCUGGUACCCGGUCGGAACUGACCCGGAGACCCUGCCCGUCGAUGAUGAUGCGUGCAUUGAGCUGGGUCUCGAUUCGCCGAUCUAUGUCGAUAAAUACAGAGACAAUGUCCCAGUCAGGAAUGGUUCCCUGUCUUUCCUGAUCCAGUGUCUUCGGCCAGAUCAGGAUAGUCUCCAGAUUGAAUUGCUGGUGACAAUUUUCAAGGUUGCGCCAGAGUUGAUCGCCGAUUACUUUUCCCGAAAGACUAUGUUCAUCUCAGACCCGAAAGCUACGCCCUCGUGGAUGGCUGAAUCCGCCUUCCUUUUCUCGACAGUACAACUGCCUGUUCCCGCAUACUGUGGAUGGAAGGACAAGCAGCCCAUCCUGCCACCCCCAGUCUCCAUUGUCAUUGAAAACAUUUUGCCUCGUCCUCUCAGCCAGAAGAUCAUGACUCGUUGCCUCAACCAAAACGCCGAAAUUAUCACUUUGUUCGCCGUCCGAAUUCUCACCGUCGCUUUUGCUAAGCUUCGAGCCACCCUCAAGAUAUUCCAGGCCGACCAUGGUCAAGGCCAACUUUUCUGGAACCAAGCCACCUCUAGGCUUCUUGCAGAAUUCUCCCGCCGAUGUCCCGCUGUUAAGGAUGUUGUUGUUCUCUUCCGCCGAACAGAAAAAGAGGAUCUGACUCAACAAGAGGCAGUUGCUGAGCUUUUGACAUGUUACUAUGAAGUGAUGCCGGAUAUUGCUCUGGAGGAGAACUUCGAUGUAUCGCUGGUUCUGGUUGACGUACUGAAGCGUCUCGAGGCCCCAGAUGUAAGCGCUGAUGAUUCUGAGUUGCUCCUGGGCCAACUGCAAAGCAUUCUCCAGAUUGCCCAACAAUCAGCUUCAUUGCGCUGGUGGCAAAAGCCAGCAAACAUGCAGUACUCACCGUUCACUUCUAUUCUGAAGGUCCUCAUGGACACCUCGGAUAAAGAUUCUUCGCGGCGAAUCUCCACCCUGCUCAAAACAGUCCUAGUUGAGAACUGUGUUUUACAGAGCUCCCCACAUGCAUUUACCUCUAUUUUGUCCAGCCUCGAAAGUUCUGAGGCGAGUGAUCUGCAUCAACAGUUGAUCUUUUUCGACAACUGUGUCUCCCGCGUUGCCAAAAAGCCUGUUCAUUAUCUAGACUUGCUUCAGUCAUUAUCUGCUGACUCGGAAACUACAAGCGCUCUUGUUGCUGUUGUUGUAGAGCAGUGGCCGUUCGUGGUCAAAGCUGGAGAUGCGUCCAACGAAGCUGCAAUUGGAUCAUGGAUCGCUAGUUUGCUUGGAAACCUGAAGCAGGCGGGAGAAAGCCCCAAAACGCUCAAGGCAGCUCGCGAUGCACUGAUCGAAGCAACAGAGACCAAGAAGGUCAAAUCCCUCUUCAAGAAAUCCUUGAAAGGAGAUGACGUGCAAAAUGAAGAUAAAAUGGACAUUGACUCUGAAGACAAUGUACCCACACAGCCGAAGAAGGCCUCAACGGUCGAUCUCGACGAAAUUUACGGCUUCCUGCCCACAGAAGGCACCACUCACAACGCACUUCACAAGUGGGAACGAGAGGACAUCGAAGAAGCCAUUGACCAAGAUCACAUCGCUGAACUGAUGCUGUGCGUCUGUUCCGAACACGAAGAGGUUCGUAGGCAGGCAUUUGCCGGUCUCAUCCGCUUCAUGGCCAAGCUUAAGGAGUCCAAGUACGAGGAAUGGCGCACUGUCUUCACCCUGUGUGGAGAACUACUUGAAACUGUGAACAACGUUGGCAUGGAGAAGCCUGUUCCCUGGAUUGUUGGCGAAUGUGCCGCAAACUGUCUGGCCGUUCUCACAAACCCCCUUCACAAGGUCUACGGCAAAGUCAACAAAUUCCUCCAAAAGGCCCCAAUGUGGGAAGUUGAAAAGAUCCCUACAUACUGGGUUGACAAGGUUCUUCUUCACGAGCCUGAACUCGAUGAUGGCUACUUCGAUGAGAUUGACUGGCUGCUCAACUUGUUCAUCAAGGCACUGCGCACCGAGGCUGACAUGGAAAUCUAUCGACGUGCAAAUGUCUUUGAGCGUCUCCUUUCCCUCUACCAGUCGCCAACACUCGGCCCUGCCGCCCGUCGGAAGAUCUUGCACAUCAUUUACCGCGCUGUCCAGGUUGGUGGAAGCACGACUUUGAUCACUCGUUCCGGUGUUAUCAGCUGGAUUCAAAUCCAAGCUGCAGAGGCAGAUGUUAAGGAGCAUGCUCAGCUUGCGGCGUUGGCCCACGCCCUUUAUGAGAAGUGUGAUCGCGAACGCGUUGACGCUUGGAGUAAUGGAACUCUAGGUCGGGUAAUUGAUGAGAUUCAAGCAUAG